AUGCAUAUUAUUGCUGGUUCACAGAACGGACGAGUGCUUAUCUAUGAUUGUAGAAACAUUACUGAACCGGUAUACACUUUUCAAGCGCAUAAAACAACCGUGCGACACGUAGCAUUCCAAAGGACAUGUGAUAAAACUAACAGUAGUUCUAUGUCAAGCAUGUUAUCUGACUUAGCCUCACCAGUAUUACCCAAUGAGACCCAAAAAAAGAUUUCUAGAACAAGCGAUCUGUUCGGUUUUGCCUCAGCUGGCCCGGUAUCUGUAUCAGCAACAGAGACAUCCACUAAACGUACCAUAUCUGCGGAUGAAGGUGAUUCUUUCCUAGCAGCCUUAGGCAUAGAUGGAAAUAGUACACAUUCUGUUCAUAACGACAGUGUUUUUUCAAAAAGUUCCGCUAUGCUUCCCGUCCUUCAUGUAACCAAUCCGGGUGGCGAUAAUAUUCCGACACCGAAUUCAGCGAAAAUAUUCGAAACUAAACGUUUAUUGUCCGAUCCACACUUUUCUUCUACACCUAAAGUUUUCCCAAAUGCAGGCUGCGGGGACAAAGUGAAUGAAGAGAAACCGGUCGUUGAAAAUACGGAUAUGAAAUCAACGCUCAAAGAAUUAUUUCAGGAAGAAAUGGAUCAACGUAUGGAAGAGAUCAACAAAAAGGUUGACUUUAACACUAUGCACGUUAUCACAGAGCUGAGGAGGAAUCUCUUUGACUUGCAGUUGUUCCAAGUUAAACAGUUUGUUUAUAUGCAGAAGGUGUUUGAAACGAUGAAAAAUGCCACCGCUUUCUUAGCCGCCGGGUGCGAUAUGAAUAAGUUGAUUGAAGAAAAUGAACAGCUGAAAAUGAUGAACAAGUUUCUGGAAGAACAAUUGAAGAAUUCUAUGGUGACCAAUGAUAACAAAACCGAAGAUUUGUGAUACGAGUUUUUCAUGCAACUUUUGUACAAUUUUUUGAGCAUGUUUAGCUCACUUUUUAAUGUCUUAUCGAACUUUUGUAACCUAGUUUCACACAUAUUUUUGGUAUUUUCUCAAAAUAAACGAUUUAUUUUUAUAGUUAUAGUUUUUCUCAUCAUCCCAUGGUGACAUCAUAGUGUCAUCAUUUUCAGGGCAGUACUGACGUACGCCGACCAACAAAAAUGACGUCAUUAUGGCGGUCUAAUGUCAUAUCCAAUCGACGUCAUUCUAUGACGUCAUAUUAUGUCG